CAGCAGCUCACCCUCGGGCCGACCUCCCUCUCCCUCCCUCCCUCCUCCUUUCCAUCCCCUCCCCCGCCUGGGAAAAACCUGGCAGCUCCCCCCAGGCCCUUCUUCAGUAGCCGCCAGGGCUCAGACUGUGCUCAGUGGCUGCUGCUCUCUCUGGGGCUGGCUGGCGGUGGCGAUCUCUCGCUCACUAAAUUGGGAACCAGCUAGCAAAUACGGAUUAUUAACUAGAUAAGAGUAGAGCACCUAUUGCGUGUCCGCGUAGAAAGUUUUAGGAGUCGUGGAUUUGGCCAGGUUUUCACGUUUCUCUCGAAUGCUAACAGGUAUGAAACGGUCUUUCCAAAGAUGUUCCUAUCUAGUGCCUUCUGAGCUAGGAAUAAAUUCUCAGGAGCCUGCCUGCUUUAAAAGCAAACAGGCACGCUAAAAUGCGGGCUGCACCUGAGACCUCUUACUUGUACCACAGAAAUGCUGAACGGACUUUUUUGUUUAAGAUCUGAGAGCUGGAGUUUACGGAAUAGCUGCUUGGAGCCUCAGCUGGAAAAGCCUCUGGAGUCCUUUUUAUAAAACGAGUUCAUCAGCAAGAGAAAUGGAAAAAGUAAAGGCAGCAGAGCAACACACAUUAACACAAUGGGACAUAUAUUGCUGUUAUUGAUGCUUUCCAUUCCCAUAUUAUGUCUGACUGAUGGAGCCGAAACAGAACAAGAUUUCACCUGGCACUUGAAGAAGGUACCCCAGAUUGUGAGCGAACGGACUUUCUCCCUUGACAGCCCUAAAUUUGAGGCAAAAGCCAAAUUAGAACUGAGUAAUGUGUGUGGAAUUGAAUGCCAAAGGAGACUCCCAGGGCCAAGCUUGUCUGACCUGAAGGAGUUUCUGUCCUAUGAGACUGUUUUUGAGAAUGGCACACGGACCCUGACUCACGUGAAUGUUCUAGGGCUAGCAGUUGGCGCAGCCAAGAACACCACCACAAGAACAUCCUCAAGAAGAAAGAGGCAGAUAUAUGGCACAGACAGCAGAUUCAGCAUCUCUGACAAGCGGUUCAUGACCAACUUCCCUUUUAGCACAGCUGUGAAGAUUUCCACAGGCUGCAGUGGCAUUCUUAUUUCUCCCAAGCACGUUCUAACAGCCGCUCACUGUAUUCAUAAUGGCAAGGAUUACAUCAAGGGCAGCAAAAAGCUGAGGGUGGGAUUGCUGAAGAUGAGAUCUAGAGGUGAGGGCAAGAAACGCAGAGGUGCUCAAAGGGGUAAGAGAGAUGUUUCUGUGGCAAGAGAUCACAGUGAGCGUACCUCAGAAUUGAAGCAGAGAUCCAAAGGUCGUGGCAGAAAACAAAAGGCAACAGGGAGGAGUCAGAAAACCUCUGAUAGUAAACCUUCCUUCCAGUGGACCAGAGUAAAGAGUACCCAGAUCCCAAAAGGCUGGUUUGAAGGCGUAACUGGGGAUGUUUCCCUGGAUUAUGAUUAUGCUGUUCUUGAGCUCAAGCGCCCUCACAAAAAGAAAUAUAUGGAGCUAGGAAUCAGCCCAACAAUCAGAAAGAUGCCUGGUAGCAUGAUCCACUUCUCAGGUUUUGAUGAUGAUCGAUCUGGACAGUUGGUCUAUCGAUUUUGUAGCGUGUCUGAUGAAUCCAGUGAUCUCUUCUACCAGUACUGUGAUGCUGAGCCUGGGUCUAUUGGCUCUGGAGUCUAUCUCCGCCUUAAAGAGCCAAACAAGAAGAAAUGGAAACGCAAGAUCAUUGCUAUUUAUUCAGGUCAUCAGUGGGUGGAUGUCAAUGGUGUGCAGCAAGAUUAUAAUGUAGCAGUACGAAUUACUCCUCUCAAGUAUGCCCAGAUUUGUUUCUGGAUACAUGGGAAUGAUGAGAAUUGUACACAAGGCUGAUAAAAGCUAAAAUUAGAUCAUCUAGCACCUACAAUAAAGUAAAAACUUGCCCUAAUAGUUAUUGGAAGAGCAUCAGGAAUUAUUUGAACUUGAAGCCUGCAAAUAUUUUGAUGUAUUGAGUAUGGCUACUCUUAGAGGGUUAGAAUUUUCAAAUUAGUUUUUUACUUAUAUAAUAAUCAACACAUGACAUGCACUUAUAAUCCAAAACUAUAUUUAUGUUUAAAAUUCUGAUAAAUUUGAAUUGUUCUCAUUAGAAAAAUUGUGACUUCACUUGUUUAAUUUUUUUAAAGGGAAGUAUUGAAACUUCUCAAACUGAUACUAUUAAACAAUGUUGUUUUUUUUUUAAAAAAUACAUUUGUCUUGAUUUUCUCAGGGUUCUGCUCCAACAAGCAUCUUCUAGUAUACAAGUUGCACAUCUCUUAUAUAAUAGCACAUUCAGAGUGAUACAAAUUGUGAAACAUUGGGGUAAGACCAAACUAAUUAAGGUUAGUUUACUCUAAAGAGAGUAUGUGCACUCUGAGGGCACGUCUACCCUUACCGUGGAUCAAUGCUGCAGUGAUUGAUCCACCAGGGGUUGAUUUAGUGGGUCUAGUGAAGGCCCGCUAAAUCGACCACAGAUUGCUCUCUCAUCGAUGAUGGCACUCCACCGGGACAAGAAGCAUAAGGUAAGUCGAUGGGAGAAACUCUUCCUUGGACCCAGUGUGGUGUAGACACCACAGUAAGUUGACCUAAGCUACGUUGACUCCAGCUGUGUUAUUCACAUAGCUGGAGUUGCGUAACUUAGGUCUACUUAACCCUGUAGUGCAGACCUGCCCUGAGAGGCGACUAUCUAGUUCAUACUGGCUAGCUUGGAAAUUUUUUUUGCAUACCUUACAAACUUUUCCAUGGAAAUUCUAAAUUGCUGUAGCUGAUGAGUCCUAAAAACAAUGAUUUUCAUUUCAUUGCAUGCUAAAAUAGCAAAGAAUCUAAUGAAUGUAGCAGUUCUGUUUGAAAUAAGGAAGAACCAUAUGAGUUUAAUUUAAUGCCCUUAAGUCUAGUUUGAGAAGGUAUGCAAAGCUGGGGAAUCUUAAACAUGUGCAUUUUAAUAUUUGGAGACAAGUAGGUUUAAUGUAUAAUAAAAUAUUCAACCUUUCUGCUAGGUGAAGUAUUCUGUAGUGGUCGUUGCCAGGAACUGGCUAUUUGACAACAGUUUAAAGCUUCAAUAAAUAAAUAAAUAAAUUUGGGUGCUAAACAUUUAACAGCUUUUGUAACUACUUUUAUAAGAGCUCAGCUGUCAUAGACAGGCUACAGUCUAUCCAGAGCCGACGAGAGUGGGGGAAACCGGUACAAAUUACCAGGGCCUGGCGGUCCAGAAGGGGGCUCGGCCUCUCCCCCUCUCGUCGGCCCAGUUUAGCCGGUGCACCCUUGCUAGGGGGCCCGAAAAAAUUUUUUCACUGGGGCCCAAACCCACUCUUGGUGGCCUUGAGUCUAUCAGACUGGGAAUUGGAAAGCAAUGUUCUUUUUCAUACAAUUCUAGAAGCGGGAUAGUUCUAAUCCCAUCAUAUUCAGACCUCAUCAACAUGAGUUACAGGGAGAGAAAAUAAUCCUCCCAUGCUAAAUCAUAUUAUGCCACCUAAUGAAAUGGUAGGUGAGCUAUCCUGUAAAUGCAAUAGAUACCUUAUUAGGUAGCAAUAAUGCUAUUCAGAUAAUUUGGCUCUUUUCUGCUACUGAACCACACAAUUAAUACAGAGGGUAUUUCUAUAAAGUGAGCCUGAUUGUUUAACAUUUGUACACAAGCAUCACUAAUUUUUUUGUUAUCAGUUGUGCUCAAUUGCUUCACAUAUAAUCUAAUCUUGUGCAUUUCAAAGUCUUAGUUUAACAAACAAAACUGUCAGGAUGUUAAUUUAAUCUAAUAAUGUAAAAUUUAAAUGC